CCAAUUAAAACUAGUCCCGAUUCCUACCUUUAUCACUGACAGAUCUGGUUUGUUUGCAGUGGAUUACAAUGUUAAGAUUCUGUGUUUUCUACGCUUUGUUCUCUUUGGUCUUGUCACAGAGAAUUAACAGGAGCUACUCGACUAUCAGCGGCCUACGCUUCCUCCAGGUACCUUCCCUCUUAUCUCAAUCUGCUGUUACCAGAAACGAUUUCCGUUUUGACAAGGUCGGAGAAUGCCCUAGAAGCGCUCUACAAAGACCAUGUAUCAAUGAAUUGUGGUUUACUUUUUGUUUCAGUGACUAUGACUGCCUUGGACAUCAGAAGUGUUGUUUGUAUGGCUGCGGACGUGAAAGACGGUGUAUGGAGGCCAUUAACGUACCUCAUGGUUGUAAAUACAAUGGAAUAAAAUACGAAGAAACAUCUGUUUUUCCCUCAAAGGAUGGAUGUAAUGAAUGCGUGUGUGAUCGGGGGCAAGUCCAGUGUACCAAGAGGAAAUGUUUGUCUUGUCUGUACAAUGGUAUUUGGUAUACACCCCAGUAUAACUUUAGAGCUGCUGAUGACUGUAACAUUUGUAGAUGUCUACCUACAGGAAAAGUUGAAUGUACGCAGGAAACCUGCAAAAGAAAGGGAAAACGUUGUGACCUUCCUCUAGAACGAGGCUCAUGCCGUGCCAGGCUGCCGAGGUGGUAUUAUAAUGUUAAGCUGGGCAAAUGUGAAAUGUUUGAAUACUCUGGGUGUGACGGGAACAGCAAUAAUUUCUUGACUCUGAAGGAUUGUGUGGAACAGUGUGAAUUUUAAAGUCAUUUCUGGCAGAUUUAAGGAUUUUAUUUACAAUAAAGAGUUGAAGGACUACUCCUACCUCUAAUUCAACAGAUGUAAAAAAAGGAAACGGAAGUCAUAAAACUUCAUCUACUGUUAUCUGACAAAAUAAACGGUUUGUUUAAAAGUC